GUCUCAGUUGUCCCUCUCUUACUCUUCUGAUCUGCUUUGAGUGCUGAGCUCUCAUCACGCUCCUUCCAUCCUUAUAAAAACAUUGCAUUUCACAGCUUUACUUGGCAUCUAUCCCUCUCUCUCUCUCAGUCUCUGUCUCCAUCAUAAUCGUCUUCUUCUCCACUUAAAUUCUCAUAGACAAAUAGAUAUUGACAAAACUUACUUUCCAACCCAGUUCUGACUGAGAUUGUUGUAGAGAGAAAUGGAUGAGAGACCAGAGAUGGAGUUAAUGUCAAUACCAACAACACCACGAGUAUCAACACCGGAGAUAUUAACACCAACGGGACAGAGAUCACCAAGAAGUAUCAGACUAGGAGGAUCGAAAGAUCAAACAAAAUCAUCAUGGACACCAACUUCACUAAUAUCACCAAGGUUUUUAAGCCCGAUAGGGACUCCAAUGAAAAAGGUUAUAGUUAAUAUGAAAGGUUAUUUAGAAGAAGUUGGACAUAUUACUAAACUUAAUCCUCAAGAUGCUUGGUUACCUAUUACUGAAUCUAGAAAUGGUAAUGCUCAUUAUGCUGCUUUUCAUAAUCUUAAUGCUGGUAUUGGUUUUCAAGCUCUCCUUUUGCCUGUUGCCUUCUCCUAUCUUGGCUGGAGUUGGGGAAUAAUCGCUUUGACAAUAGCUUACUUCUGGCAACUGUAUACACUGUGGGUUUUAGUCCAGCUACAUGAAGCAGUUCCUGGGAAGAGAUACAACAGAUAUGUGGAACUUGCUCAAGCAGCUUUUGGAGAAAGGCUGGGUGUGUGGUUAGCUUUAUUUCCAACAGUAUAUCUAUCAGCAGGAACUGGAACAGCCUUGAUUCUCAUAGGGGGAGAAACCAUGAAAUUGUUCUUUCAGAUAGUUUGUGGUCCUGCUUGUAGUUCCAAUCCUUUGACGACUGUCGAGUGGUAUCUGGUUUUCACUUCUCUCAGCAUUGUUUUGUCUCAACUACCGAAUCUUAACUCGAUAGCUGGAUUAUCUCUAGUCGGAGCGAUCACAGCCAUUGUGUAUUGCACAAUAGUGUGGGUUCUUUCUGUAUCUCAAAUGAGACCGCCGUCCAUGUCUUACCAGCCAAUUUCUUCGCCUACAGCAACUGCUUCAACCUUUUCAAUAUUUAAUGCUUUAGGGGUUAUUGCCUUUGCAUUUAGAGGACACAACCUAGCCCUUGAAAUUCAGGCGACCAUGCCGUCUACUUUUAAGCACCCUGCACACGUGCCCAUGUGGAGAGGAGCCAAGGUUGCCUAUACCUUAAUUGCUAUGUGUGUGUUCCCUGUCGCCAUAGGAGGAUUCUGGGCUUAUGGAAAUCUGAUGCCUUCGUCAGGAAUUCUAAAUGCCUUGUACGGAUUUCACAAUCACGAUAUUUCGAGAGGGCUUCUAGCAACAACUUUCCUCUUGGUUGUGUUCAACUGUCUAAGCAGCUACCAGAUCUACUCAAUGCCCGUUUUUGACAGCUUUGAAGCAGGAUAUACGAGUCGCACGAAUCGGCCUUGCUCCAUUUGGGUGCGAUCUGGUUUCCGAGUUUUGUGUGGUUUCAUUUCCUUCUUCAUUGGAGUUGCAUUCCCUUUUCUCUCUAGUCUUGCUGGUCUCUUAGGAGGUGUUACUCUUCCAGUAACAUUUGCUUACCCCUGUUUCAUGUGGGCUCUCAUAAGGAAGCCCCCAAAGUAUAGCUUUAGUUGGUAUCUCAACUGGACCCUUGGUUGGUUAGGGAUUGCCUUUAGCUUGGCCUUUUCUGCUGGAGGUAUUUGGAGUACGGUUAACAAUGGUCUUAAGCUUAGGUUUUUCCAAUCUAACUAAAAGUUUAAUGUAAGAAGAAUACUUUAAGAAUUUUGUGUGAGAUUCUAGUCUGAAAGACGAUCGAGUACUGUAAUACUAGUAAUAGUAUUUCAAGUUGUUCAUUGAUAUUUUUGUUUUGGAUA